AUGAAGAACUCAACACUGUUUUCAAUGGCCAUUGCGGCUGCUAGCCUUGUCGGUGUCAACGGACAAGUCAGUGGAAAGAUAAAAGGAGAGCAAUGGCCUGUUGCCAAACCCGUCUUGAACGAGAUAAAAGGCCAGGGUUGCUGGAAAUCCAAUGGCAAUAUGACGCAGGUGUAUUCGGGACCCCUCACAACGUCUGGCAACUGCUGGGAUCGCUGCAAGAAGCAGUACGCUGUAUUCGCUCUACAGGCUGAUGCAUGUUACUGUGGUCAGCUUUACCCGCAAGAAGAUGAUCUGGUUGACGAUGACAAAUGUGACUGGGAAUGCCCUGGCUGGCCUUACGAGGCUUGCGGUGCACUGAAGAAAUACUAUUCCGUAUUCAACUCAGGAAAACAACUAGCACCCGACAACUACGUGGAGGAGAAGUCGACCUCAAGUGCUGCGCCCUCGUCAACCGAGGCCGCUUCCAGCACCGCCGCUGGCAGUGAUUCUUCUACCUCAACUCAAACCGACGAAGCAGCUGCAAGCUCGGAGGCGGCCCCCGAUGAUGAUAAGAAAGACGGCCCCAAUGUAGCCGCUAUUGCCGCCGGAGUUGUGGUGGGCGUUGUGGUGGUCGCUGCUAUUGGUGGCGGUGCCAUCUUCUUUGUUCGCCGCCGACGCAACGCAGAGAUUGAGGAGGAACACCGACGAAAUGCUGCUGUGAAUGCGUUCAUCAACGGCUCCAAGCCCCCAGGCAGCAGCGGCAGUAUCUCCAUGACCGAUUCCCGUCUUGAUCCAGUUAUGGCCCAUCGACGACUCAGCGAUGGCAGUAUCGCCGAUAACCAAGAUUAUUCCCGAAGAAUUCUACGGGUCACCAACGCUUAA